CUUUGAUGUUUUCUCCAGUGCCUCGCAGGUCUGCCUAAUUCCCAAUGUCUGUGGCCCGCCUAAGUGCGACUUUGAGAUACAAUGCACAGCACGAAGCUGUCGAGUACCCUUGUCGACUGCAUGCGGCGACUCUUGCUAGUGUCAGCCAGCUUCGUAACCCUGUCGGGAACGUCCCGAAGGGGCAAGGAUCAUUGAUGCUGAUGCGCUACCGCGCAAGCAUUGAUGAGGCGCAAUGUUCCCAUCUCUGGUCGAAUAAACCAUAUCAAUGUCAAAGACAAUAAGACCUGGUCCAAAUACCCCCUUCUGUCCAUUUGCUUGGUCUGUUCUUCUCGACCACGAGUUGUACUGUAUCACACGGAAGCAUCAGAAAUAAAACAUAACGAACCGAAAAUGACUCCUCCAAAUUCCACCAAGCCCGAUUCUUACAUCGUCGCCCGGCUGCUGCGGUAUCUUUCCACGGCCACUUUGCCGAUUGGCGUUGCGCUCCUCGUCGCCCAUGGCGUCAAGACUGCCCAUGUCGUCCCGGCCCUCGGGCUCCUCCCUCUGACUGGAUCUGCUCUGCUCGCAAUUGUGAGUCUGCGCCGUCAGAAGACCAUGGCUGUCUGGUCACCGGUCCACCGCAUCGCUGCGCAAACCAUUCUUAUUGCGGAUUUCAUUCUGGGGCUUCUCUAUCUGGCCGUGUUGAUCCCUAGCUGGAUAACACUAUCACAACGGCACUGGCGAGACCCGACCAACAACUCCCUCGUUAUUUUGGGGACAUAUGGCACCGUGCUGCUGCUUCUAAACCUAGUCGUCCACACGUUCUUCACCUUCGCCUUCUUCUUGCAUCACAUGGUUAUCAGGGUGCAGCGAUGGGGUCAGGAGCGUGGCGGCGGGUUUAGCGCCGUAUGGGCCGGACCGAUGGAACAAGCGGAAGAAUAUGCCCCCUUCACGGAUGCGGGAGCGAGGACUUCGAUGGAGACGAGGGCCGACCUGGACAUAGGCCCUGACCGCCCGUCCGAAGACGCCUGAGUCUAAGCACACACCAAAUGCUGCUCUCCCAGAUCCACCACUGCGUCUAGUGAACGGACGCAUUGUCGCAUUGGUGCGUAUCUGGGUUUGCAAUAUUGUGCCAAAGGGUCAUCGUGUCGCUUCCCCAUUACACGAGCCCCGAGGUGCUGGCCUGGAAGAUCGACUAUUAAUGCUGCAUGAUUUACCUUGGCCUGGUCGGCGGGCAACGCAACUUCAGUGAGGAACGAGACGGGCGGUUCCAUGGCCACACUUGCCGAACAGUGGACUAGUUGGCCAGGAGCUGGGGACGAUACAGGGGUGUAUCUUAUGCAUCUUUUUAGGGCGUUCCACCAACUUGUUGGUGGCUGAACAAGGUUGUGUGUUAUACCAGUGCAGUCGGCUUCUCUAGCAUUGUAUCAUGUUGGAGAGGCAGAUCGGCUACUGUUCAUGUUUCACAAAGUCCCCUUUCCCCUACACAUGGCUUGUUGGUUGCUCAUUCCCGCGCUGACAAGGAGUCGGCACUUAACUUUCUGUACCUUAUUUCGUAGGCCAUCUACAACAGCAGUGCACCUACCGUUUCACUGACGCGGGGUUUGCAGGCGAGCAGGUGGACUGGAGGCCUCUUGCGUGGUGCUUAUCUGGUGCUCGUCAGGGAACGUGAUCGGCAUUUGAGUCGGCAACUGCUUCAGCCCUCGCAGAAGAUGCCACAAACUCCAGAGACCUCCUGAGAACCCCAGAAGCGCUAAU